UUUAUCGUUAUUAUGGCGACGCGAAGUAGAACGCUUUUGUUUCUUCAGUAUAGAAAUUCAUAUGCAAGAACACAGAGCUCUGCUCCUCAUUUUUCUGCUGGUCUGUCCGAAACAGAAGGCUUAAUAGAGAGUUCAGACAAUGUGAUUGAGAUGUCUGUCUUACCUCCUAAGUGGUAAGAAAAGUGAAGAUUACAAAAGACUUGCUUGAAACUUAAGCUGUUUUUUUAGGGUCGAUAUUGUAGAUGAAGUAGAUGAGGCACUCGACCUAGUGAAAGACAAAAUUACAAAGCUCGAAGGAAUGCAUAGAAAACACUUAUUACCGGGAUUUGAUGACAGAACAUCAGACGAAACAGCUAUUGAAGGAUUAACACAAGAAAUUACCAAUGAAUUUUACCGCAUUAAGCGUGAAAUACAGCGCAUUCGAGUAGGUGCGCAUGAUUCUGAUCAAGACGACAAAUUAGCAAGGAACAUUCAGACAAGUCUAGCGACUAAAGUGCAGGAUGUAUCUUCAAGUUUUCGAAAGCAGCAAUCGUCUUAUUUGCAGAAAUUACAGGGACAAGAGAAUAGAAAAGCAGAUAUUUUAGGACUAGAGACAGGUUUAAGUAAUGAAGCAGCUGAGCUACUGUUGGAUGAAGAUGCACAAGUGGGGUUUACUGAAUCACAAUUGGCUGUAUUGGAAUCCAAUGAAGCAGCAAUUGAUCAGAGAGAGCGUGAAGUCAACCAAAUAGCAAAAUCAAUCCAUCAGUUAGCCGAGAUAUUUAGAGAUCUACAAACACUUGUGAUUGAUCAAGGCUCUAUGCUGGAUAGAAUUGAUUAUAAUAUUGAACAAACCAAUCUACAAGUGAAGGAUGCUGUAGUACAAUUAGAUAAGGGCGCUUAUUAUCAAAACAAGACAAGGAAGCGUAAACUAAUACUUUUACUUAUUUUAAUUAUCAUACUAUUAAUUGUUAUCUUGAUUGUAAAGCCUAAAAAACGAUGAACACAUAUUCCCUUUUGACUCCCUAUUCAUGUAAAUAAGUUAUACCGGUAAACUGGUUAAAAAAGAAAACAAUUACGUAUAAGUCAUGAUAUAUACAAAAAGGUCAUUAAACGAUGAUUACAUUAGAUCAUGCGCCAUGAUAAAUAUAAAGUGUAACAAACAUAUACUAAAAAAAAAUAAGAAAAGAAAAUAUAUUUAUAACAAUAUGGUGGUAUACAUAAAAUAAUAGAUAAAAAAAAAAAAAAAAAAAGAUAGAUAUA